UGAGUUUUUGUUUAACCAACGCAGCGGAGAUUUAAAAUUAAUUUACUCUUUGUUUAAAUUUUUUAUAGCACACAUAUCAUUUUUAGGUGCUGGCUGACAGGCUGAACUUGUGAUUUAUAAUACAAACUAGUAUUAACAAGUGAAUGAUCUGUGAAAAAUCAAGUAUAACUUUGAUACAAAAUGUUAACUCCCCGUUUUAAGAUAAUUCAAGAUGAGAACCGCGUGUUCAUUACUAUACACGCGCCGUACACAAACAUCGGCGAAACUGAGAUCGACGUAGACGGUGAGCAUGUAUUAUUUGUCUCCGCUCCUUAUUUCUUGAGACUUCGACUUCCAGGGCGGAUAGUCGAGAAUGAUCUCUCUGAGGGAUCAUAUUGUUGCGAGUCGGGAGAUUUCAAGCUCAAAUUCGACAAAGAAACUCCCGGCGAGCACUUUGAGAAUCUCGACAUGAUUACCAGUCUGCUAGCGCCUCGGGACAUACCAGACGUGAACCCAAACUUGGUUGAAAUGCUCGAAGAAGACGGGUUUACCAUCGAGCAAGACGACAGCGAAGACGAAGAUUCUGAUGAGGCUCUAUUAGAUAGCAAACACCCAUAUGGCUUUGCAAAUAGUAUAUCUACUGAGUUCAAAGAGAUAGGUAAAGAGUUUCCACAAAUAUUCGAACUGAGGGUACCAGAACUCGUGCCAGUUAAUAAACGCAACAGCAUGCGAGAGCAAUAUGAAGAACGUAAAUUUUCCUCCGAUCAUUAUUUAGCUGAUUACUUCGACAAAGAACUCCUCGCACCCUAUUUGGCUGGCAAAGUGGUAUGGGAGAAACCAGACUUCCAAAAGGACACAGAUUUUACAGAGGAAGAAGUGGGUAUCUUAAAAGAAUUGCCAAAUAAGCAUUACAUAUUAACCAAGGCCAAAUGUAGGCAAGUUUUUUACGGGCUUAUAGAUUUACUUUACGGAUAUUGCUAUGAUAAGCGAACUACAAUGAAUGACAGUAAUGUAGAGUCCAGUUGGACGAUCAAUAAACUAUCAGCAACUCUAAGCUGGUUCUGUGUGUUUAAUGACAUGAAAGAGGUUCUAGUGGCUAGCUACAGAAGAGCUCUCACUUUCCCUAUAUUUAGAAAUUACGACCUUUGCAACAAAGUUAAGGAUGACCUCGCUUCAUUAUUAAAGAAAGGAAAGAAAUAUGUUAUUAAAUGCAUAAUAAAUAUGUAUCAGAUGUUCAACUUGAGUCAUGAUGCUCGGUAUAUUUUGAACCAGCUGUACAUUAAGGAUUAUUUGAUAUUCCUGCAAAAAUGCAAGGCUGAGAAGUUUGAGGAACUAGGCGAUAGUGUCGCCAACAUCAACAUAUCUAAAAAUGAUGUCAGGUUAGAGCUUGUGGAAUUGGAAAUGGCCGCUGUGAUGGUUCAGCAAGAAGAAAGUCAAAUUAUGGGUAACGAGUUAGCAGGACAGAUGGCGUCUAUGUCAUUAAUACCAGGCUUAAAAAAAUCUAGUGCUAAAAUAUAUGAGGCAGAUUCUAGCUCAAGCGAUUCGAGCAGUGAUUCAUCUGAUGAUGAUUCUUCUGAUUUAGAUUCGGAUGAUGUACCAUUUUGACAGUUACAGUCAAACUUCUCUGGAAUGGGAAUCUGAAUUGAUAGAUUGAAAAUCUAUAACACAUCAAGUGUAUAUGAAUGUAUCUGAAGGACUAUUUAUUCAUAUAUGAUCGUAAUACAAGUUUCUAUUGAGCGCUUAGAAAAAUGGCUUCUAUUAAAAAAUAUCUGCCACCUUUUAGUAUUAAUUGUGUGUUUCUACUUAAAUAUACACUGAAGUAUAUUUAUGUAUGUAAGUAUAUCUAUGUAUUUCCCUAGUAAAAUGCUUUUACAUAACUUAAAAGGCGACUUGAUUACUGUUCAUACAUUUCAUUUUAAUUUACUUAUUUCGGUGUUUUGUUUUAUGCCUAGAAAUGUAGAAAAAAUGUAAGUAUGUGUAAAAUACAAAUUUUGCCAUAAGUCAAUGUAUCUCCAUUGCUCCUUCUGCAUAGCGACUUGUAUAUAUUGGUAACUUUAAUUUGUAUGUAGAUUCCUAUUACCUGAUUUAUAAAAGAUACUCAUAGAACCGCCUAUAAGAGCCCUGUUGAUAUGACAUCUGGAGUAAAUGAAGUCUAUAAAUUGAUGGUAUUAAUGAUUUAGAUGUACUAUACAUGUUAUAGGGCCUGUGGCCAACUGGCACGUCUAUUCUCCCUCUACUAUCGCAAACUCUUUGAAAGUUAAAAAAUUUAUGGUCUAUCAACAGGUUAGGUGAUCAAGUUAUCAAUCGGAUCUGUCAUUCCCAUACACUUUUCUACUUUCCGAAGCAUUAGAGUCUGUAGAAAGAGAAUCGACAUACCACUUGGCUACAGGCUCAGAUAUUGUUAAUCAUUGUAUUGAUGGAUUUAUGUGUAGAUAGUGAUAGAUCCAUAGAUAUAUAAAAAAAUCAGUUGUCUGUAAAGUCGAUUUACUGACGAUAGUUGAACGUGACAAUGUCAUAAGAAAAUACUGAUUGAAUGGUUGCAUUUUCCAAAAGAAAAUGUUCGUUUUUCUAAAAUACUGUUUAAUAAUCUUCAUAGACCAGAAUAUACUUUAUUUCUUGUACAAAAAGUUGGCAACCCCAGAGAGGGAAUGACGCAUGACGUCAUCUUUUUUCGAUUGUGCAGCCGGCUCCAUCGAAUUAUUAGACAUUGUCACAUCAAAAACUAUCCUAUGAUUGUUGUUUGGAUGUAAAAAUAUUUCACCACUUAUAGGGUUUUUUUAACCAGAAAGGAUUAAAAUAAAAUGCCAAGAUUAAAAAGUACUGUUUAUUACCCAAAUAA